AUGCCCAUCUGGGCUGGGGACAAGCAGCUCAAUGUCUGCAUGAAGACCAAGCACCACAAGCCGGAGCCUGGGCCAGAGGACCAGCUCUACGAUGAGUGCAGCCCCUGGAAGGGCAAUGCCUGCUGCACGACCAACACAAGCUGGGAAGCCCACCUGGAUGAGGCUGUGCUCUACAACUUCAGCCUGAUUCACUGUGGACUGAUGAUACCCGACUGUCAGAAGCACUUCAUCCAGGCCAAGUGCUUGCACCAGUGCUCCCCAAACCUGGGGCCUUGGAUCCGGCAGGUGGCCCCAUGUGAGCAGGAAGAGCGAAUUUUGGACGCACCACUCUGCCAGGAGGACUGCGUGCAGUGGUGGGCAGACUGCCGCACAUCCUACACUUGCAAAUCCAACUGGCUCCGCGGCUGGGACUGGAGUCGGGGGAAGAGCCGCUGUCCUGCAAGGGCCCGCUGCCGUCCUUUCCCCUAUUACUUCCCCACCCCGGCUGCCUUGUGUGAGAAGAUUUGGGGCAACUCCUUCAAGGCGAGCCCUGAGCGUAGGAACAGUGGGCGGUGUCUGCAGAAGUGGUUCGAGCCCUCUCAGUGCAACCCCAACAUGGCCGUGGCCCAGUUCUUUGCUAGCCCUGCCCCAUCCUGGGAGCUCUCCCGCACUCUCAUGGCCUUCUCUCUGUUCCUGCUAUUCCUUCCCUGA